CUCACAACUCUCAGCCGCCCCUGCCCGGUGCCGAUAUGGUUCUCAUCGCGUGUUGAGAUUAUGAGACAGGAGACGCAAGUGCAUCCUCAUAGUCCGUACUGCAAGAUUGCGAUCAUGUUUAGCGACACGGAAGUCAGUCCGUGAGGAAUCAACGCUCGAAUUGAGCCGCGUAGUGCAUUUGCGGGGUAAUGGGCUAAGUAUCCCAGCUUCACAGGACGUGGAACAUCAGCGUGAAGCUCAAACAAGUACUUGCAAACCGGAUGAGAAAGAAGGUUUGAGCAACACUGGACUGAGUCCCGUAUAGAAAGAUACCACACCAAGAUGACGAACCUUUCAACCAAGCUUGCAGCACUUGAAGAUGCUGGCAGACCAAUACAGGUCGGCAUCAUUGGGGCUGGUAAGUUCGGCUCUAUGUAUAUCUCCCAGUCGCAUCGAACGAAAGGUGUACGAUUGGCGGCCAUUGCGGACCUUGCCCCUGAACGUGCCCUCAACGCACUCAAGAAAACGGGCUUCCCGCAAGACAAGUAUGACGUGACUGCAUCGCUAUCACUCGAAGAAGGCCUCAAACAAGGCAAGACAGUAAUCACUACCGAUUCCGCUCAGUUAAUUGCUACUCCUGGGAUCGAUAUCAUCCUCGAAGUGACCGGGAGUCCAGCUGCUGGCGUGAAACAUGCGUUACUCUGUUGUGAACACAAAAAGCAUAUUGUCAUGGUCAAUGUCGAAGCCGACGUACUCGCUGGCCCCUUACUCACCCGGAAAGCGCAAGAGGCAGGCAUUGUCUACUCUAUGGCUUAUGGCGACCAGCCUGCACUGAUUGCUGAGAUGGUUGACUGGGCCCGCACUGCUGGCUUUGACGUCGUCUGUGCCGGAAAAGGAACGAAGCACUUAACGCAAUACCACUAUAGCACUCCUGACACGGUUUGGGAUUACUAUGGUUUUACUAAAGAGCAGCUGGCCACAGGCGACUUCAACAAGCAGAUAUUCAACUCGUUCUUGGACGGCACAAAGAGUGCGUUGGAGAUGGCAGCUGUUGCAAACGGAUGCGACUUAUCGCCCUCUUCGGAUGGUCUUGCCUUCCCGCCUUGUGGGACGCACGAUCUACCUGAGAUUCUGAAGCCCAAGAGAGAUGGUGGUCAGCUUGAGAAGAAGGGUGUGGUCGAAGUCGUUUCAUGUUUGGAAAAGGACGGCCGAGCUGUGUUCAACGACCUGCGGUGGGGCGUGUACGUUAUCAUCGAAGCACCGGACGAGUAUCAGAGGGAUUGCUUCAAACAGUAUGGGCUCAAGACCGACUCCACUGGAUGGUACGCAGCACAGUACAAACCGUAUCACCUCAUCGGACUUGAGCUCGGCGUUUCCGUCGCCAGCAUCAUGGUACGCGGUGAGCCUACCGGUCAGUGCAAGACAUGGUCUGGGGACGUUGUUGCAACGGCCAAGCGCGACCUUGGAGCUGGCGAAAAGUUGGAUGGCGAAGGCGGUUUCAUGGUGUACGGCAAACUCAUGAAUGCCACAGACUCUUUGAGGAUCGAAGGUCUACCUAUCGGUCUCGCAUGGACUGGUGUUGAAGCGGGGCGUGGAAAGAGAUCAAGGCCUAUCUUGGGCAGAUGUCGAGUACAGCGAGACUACUCAAGCAGUGGCUUUCCGGCGGGAGAUGGAAGCUGUAUACCGAGAGGAAUUCAAAGCAGCGGGAACGCUGAAUACGAAUGGUGUAGGCAUCCGCCGUGCGUCUGAAUCCAUGGUCACUGGACUGCAGAUUCCAUAACAUCGUCCGCCUCUGGAGAUUGCCCUGUAAAUUAUCGCCACUCGGCGAGGUCUUUUACCAUCUACUAAACGCUGAUCUUUGUUUCAUGCUUUUGAAUGGAGCUGUUCAGUUGUAGUUGUGCAGUCUAUCGGUGGCGAUGAGAAGGAGUUGCAUCCUACAAGUGGCUAGUCAAACGUGCUUCGGUGCAGUAACCAUAUCCAUCAUAUGAUGCUAUCACAUCGUUGAUGUUUAGACUUCGACAGUUCUUGUCCGACCGAAGAUCUUAGCCGCAUGCGUGUACGCCGUGGUUGCAUGGUCGUCAAUCC